CACACCGCAAUAUAAAUUCUGCAGGGGCUUGGAGAGAAGGGACCGCUCAAAAUCACAUAUUUUCACCUCACAGCAAGUGGGAAGAAAGGGAAAUCAGAUACAUGUGAUCAAAUCACCGGCGGGAUCGGGAUAGAGAUUUAAGGUUAUAAAGAUCGGGUUGAAAUGAACGAAGGAUGGACUCUCCGUUGCUUCCAUCGCUAGAGCCCAUUCUAGAACAGGGAGCGCGUGCAGCAAAGAACAUUGGACGCUGAGCUUAGUCGCGCGCGGUGACACUGAUUAUAUCAACAAAACGAGGAAAGCAGAAUAAUUGCGCUGUUUUAGAAGGCUGCACCGGGAACAAAUUAAAUAAAUAGCAGCCUAUGUGAAAGAUUUUAAUCAACAACAAUGGAGUUUGAGACUUGAGCUUGCUGCAUUUGCUAAGGUCUUGCUUCGUCACUGGCCCUGACUGAUCAACAGUCCCGGGGUUCUUCCUGUUCCCCUGACCACAGCUCCCCAUGGCCUGUAUCACAGAGUCCCGCGCCCCGUCCCCUUCUCUCUCCGGGUUCAACACCCCCCUCUCAGAACACACCCCUACCUUCCGGGGCCGGCUGGACGAUACCCCCGCCUGCACCCCUGAGAUGGAUCUGACCCCCACCCAGUGUGUCCUACGGAACGUACUAUCUAUAGACACCGGGGGUGCCCCGGAGCCCGACGGCGGGGGAGGUGGAGGUCAUAACGGUGAACAUACCUGUGGGGGCCACAGCCCCACGCCUAGCGAGGAGCAGCAGGAGCACUUUGCCAACAGUGUGCUGAAGCUCCAUGAGAACGGGGAGGGAGGGGGUAGGAUGGAGGGAGGGGGUCAGGAUGCGGAGGGAGGAGCGGUGCGGAGCCAGGCUGAGGAUGUGAGGCUGCUGUCGGGAGGAAGUGGAGGGUUUCUGGAGGGACUGUUUGGGUGUCUGAAGCCAGUCUGGACCAUGAUCGGCAAGGCCUACUCCACCGAACACAAACACAACCUGGAAGGUAAGAAGAGAGAUAGGGAUUGUGUUUAGAGUCAGGAGCUUCUCCUGACAGCAUGACCUGACCAGGAAACAAUGCA